ACCUUUCUCUAUCGCUGUACCAAGACUGCGCUGAUGCUGCGGCGAUCUCAUCGGAAAUCCCGCCAUGGCUGUGCAGAAUGCAAGACAAGACGAGUCAAGUGCGACGAAGAACGACCCUUAUGCACAAAUUGUAGGAAACGAUCUACUAGUUGCAAUUAUGGCUCAUCUGCCCCGUACAUGUGGCUGAGUGAGAAAUCCUCCGUAGGAUCUCCUACGUCUCCCCCCAACUUGGGCCAAGAAGCCGAGUAUCUAUUCUCGGCAUCUUGUAUUAUGAAAACUUCCCAAGCAUUGUGCAACAAUGACAAUAUUUGCCAGCCUUCGUCUUCGGCCCUUGAUCUCAGCGACCUCGAGCUCAUGCUUCAGUGGUCAAGCAAGACCCACUUGGCGCUUUCUCGAAACGAAGCCACCAAACCAGUCUGGCAAUUCCUUGUUCCGGAAGAGGCAUUGUCUCAUCCAUUUCUCAUGCAUGGUUUAUUAGCUGUCUCUGCUAUUCACCUAGCAAAUGCCAAAAGCGAGACCAAAAAGGCAGAAUAUGUGAAGAAAGCUCUGGUCUAUCAGAAUCAAGCAUUGCUGGUAUUCCGGAAGCUCCUCGGCGACAUCAGCCGAGCUAAUGCCAAAGGAAUAUUUGCAUUUUCGAGUAUCCUUGCUAUAUUUUACUUUGGCUUCCUGCGCCUAGAAAACGCCAUGAAUCCAUCUUCAUCUGUGGAUAAUUUAUUCCAGGUGCUCAUGUUAUCAGAGGGCGUGCAACAUGUUCUGAAAAUCUCUGGACCUUCAAUCCAGGAGAGCAAUUUCAGUCCUAUUUUUGACUCGGCCUUGGUCGAACUGGAAUGUUCAAUCCCACUGCCGGAUGAAGUCCGAUUGGCCGUGAAUCAACUUUAUAGUGCGAACACCGCUUAUGGCACCCAGAAUCCCGGUCACGGUACUGCUGUAUACCAAGAAACAAUUAACAUAUUGGAAGAUGCCCUAAGUGCAGUUUACCGAGACCACGUCCUUACCAAUGCUGCAUGUCGCUGGGCAAUAAGGUGUCCUCGGCGAUUCUUAGAAAGUUUGCAGGGACGGGAGCCGAUGGCACUAGUCAUCCUCUGUUUUUAUUGUGUCGUCUUGCACCGUCUAAGGCACAUAUGGUGCUUCGAGGGAUGGGCUACGGCUAUUCUGAAAUCGACAUGGCCAGUAUUGGAACCACAGUGGAGACACCUUGCUCAUUGGGCAGCGACGGAAAUUAUAGGAGAAAUACACAUCUGA